CGGGCCGUAGAAAACCAACGCAAAGUUUUUCGCUUUGUUACAAUCUUUGCUGGGGACUGAAUUCGCUUCAAAAACGGAUUAAAACUCGCGAUUUGCGUAAAAACGGAGCCGUACAAAAGGUUGGAAAUAAUUGUUUACCAAAGCAGUCAGCAUCCCUACGGGUGGUAUGGCUCCCACAGUUGUUGUCGGUUGCGUUGGUUACAGUUUUCAAAUCCCAGUUUAUCAAAUUUGUCUUCAUAAAAAAAUCCAGUUCCGUACGAUAUUGCUCGAUGAACAGUAAAGGUAUAAGGUUAAACAGUAGUUUUAAUUUUGUUUAGAAAAUUUAUCUUUUGCCUAUAUAUGCUAGUUGUUAUGAACGGUUUCAGUUACUUACUGCUUCUAUUUGGAGUUGUUUCCACCGCAGGUCUUGAGUGCAGAAACUGCAUUGCUAACGACAAUUACCGAGGGGAAGCAGGUUUAAAUGACGAUUGUUAUGAUAACCCGCUUAAUGUACAAACGCAAACGUGCACUGGUCACUGCUACACAAGAUUUUCAGUUCAAGAUGGUAUUCCGACUUCUGUAAGUCGAAGGUGUUCUCCAGCCAGCUUACCCACGAUUACCCAUCUUUGCGUGGUGUCAUUUGGAUCCAGCCUUGACAUUGCUACCACUGCUUGCUCGUAUUAUUGCAACGACGGCGACAACUGCAACGAUCUUACAACCAGAAACUUGAUAACUUGCCCCAACAACUGCGGUUACAUCAGUAAAGGUUAUUGCGAUUAUUUCACUGGAAAUUGCGUUUGUGCUGAAGGUUACCAAGGAACCAACUGUUCCACAGAGAUAGUUGUCCCACCAAUAUACCGAAGUUGUGUGCAAUGUAACGGUGCAACUGAUGAAUCGUGUGAAACAAACACACAAGGAUCGCCUUGUCCAGAAACGACUUUGACCCAGCCUUACUGUUCGUCGUCGAAAACCAGCACAAUUGACAAAUCUGGCCUCGUUAUCCGAGAAGUGGUCACACGCGGUUGUACAGCGCGGUUUACUUACGAAGACGAAUGUUUCUUCUCCGCACCGAACGAUAAUGUGUUCUCAUCCGAAUACACGGAGCAUACCUGCAACUCAAUGUGCGACACUGAUAACUGCAACACGAAUACCCCAAACGGAGUGAUUGACGGCGACGAGUCGAAGCCAUUAUAUUGCUUCCAAUGCACAACAAGCAGUGAAAGCGAUGGUAGUCAACAAAGUUCGCCCUGUCAGGCGCAACUAACUCGAUGUCCAUCAGACAGCACACACUGCGUAUCGACUGUUGUGUAUUAUAUCUCGGAAAUUACGGAUCGUAACUAUCAAGUAAACCCGAGUUACCAAUUGAAGAGCAUUAACCGUGGUUGUGCGUCGGCUCCAAGGAUCAAAGGUUGCGAAUCUUAUACGAUCGGUUCGUUAAAUGCCUUUAACGUGACUUGUCAAGAAAGCUGUCAAACCGACGGGUGUAACACUGGGUGGCCUUCCAGGCCACGUUGUUCUAUCUGCACAAGUGCGGUUACUGGUCAAAGCAACAAUGCGAUGAGUUCGGAUUACGAUAGCUGUCUAAUCAAUCCCCCUCUUGGUACGAGUUGUCCAUUUCCCUACCAAAGCUACUGCGUUGCUUCUGUUACGAAAUCAGGUUCAGGAAAUAGCGGCUUCAUGGCUAGAGGAUGCAGUAGUUAUAAUAUAGGCAACGCUUGCAAAUAUAUUGGCGAUGAAACUUUUUCUUACCAAGUUUGCAAUCGAAGCUGUACAACCAACAACUGCAAUAUGGGAGAUAUUAGUUCAGGUUCUGCUGCUCUUACGCACCAUAUGUGGUUACCUGCAAUUCCCCUUCUUUGCUUGUUGAUUCUCAGACAAUAAAAUUGAUCGUGUUUACUGUUGAGCAUGUUAUCGCGCAUAUAUAA